CACACCUCCAGUAGGUGACAGCAAUGCUCUACAGAGUGUUUUGCCAUAACCCACAAGAAGAAGAGGAAGAGGAAAAAACAGACUUUGCGCAAUAAACAGGUUUUGGAUAAGGGGACUCUGAUAGAAAUACCUAACGACGAUCUGAGUGAAAGCUUAGCUCCAGAAGGCAAGGUGUGAGCAUGGGGAAGGCACUGUCCCACCUGUCAAAGCAGACGUGCCAUGAGGACUGCCACACCACCAUGACCUCUGGCCCUGAGUACAACCGCAUGCCGAGUGAGGACGCCAAGAGCGGCGGCGAUGUCUCUCAGUUUCCGUAUGUGGAGUUCACUGGCAGGGAUAGUGUCACCUGCCCAACAUGCCAAGGCACUGGGAGAAUCCCUCGAGGUCAGGAAAAUCAGCUGGUGGCGUUGAUUCCUUACAGUGACCAGAGGCUGAGGCCAAGGAGAACAAAGCUGUACGUGUCGGCCUCGGUCAUCGUUUGCCUGCUGCUCUCAGGCUUGGCAGUGUUUUUCCUUUUCCCACGCUCCAUUGACGUGACCUAUGUGGGGGUGAAGUCUGUUUAUGUCACCUACGACCAAGACAAGCACAUCGUGUAUCUCAAUGUUACUAACACGUUGAAUAUUACUAACAACAACUACUACUCUGUGGAUGUGGCCAACAUCACAGCUCAAGUGCAGUUCUCCAAGACCGUCAUCGGAAAAACACGUGUUAGCAAUAUUACCACCAUCGGCCCACUGGACAUGAAGCAGAUCGAUUACAUGGUGCCUACCACUAUAGCUGAUGAAAUGAGUUACAUGUAUGAUUACUGUACUCUGCAGACUAUCAAAGUGCACAACGUGGUGGUGAUGAUGCAGGUAACAGUCACCACAGUUUAUUUCGGUCAUGCAGAACAGGUCUCUCAGGAGAUGUACCAGUAUGUGGACUGUGGGGGAAACACUACAUCGCUGCAUGAGUACAAUCUAAGAACUCCUGCCUCAGACUAAGGCUCAAACUCGAGGGUACACUGUGUUUAUCCCUGUCCCCUGCAAUCACCAUGCCCAUUACAUUUGUUCAACCUGCUUGAUUCCGUUUAGUACAUUUUGUUAAAUAACCAGGAUGCUUCAAAAUGACGAGUAAUGCACUUUAUUUUCCUUUAUCUCCUAAGACCUCUGAAUUCUUUAACGUACUUGCAAAUAGGUAAAGUGAAAACCACUCACAGCUGUAUAUUUACAUUCUCUUUUAAUAUGUUUGUCAAAAGCACUUUAGUUGCAGACACUACUAUACUAAAACUUGAAAACACUCUGCUUAAUAUUUAAAGUUCCGUUAAAAAAGUGCACUUUGAUCUGUUUAAAAGUAUGUGCGGCGUAGUUGCUAUUUACUAAGUAAUGUUAGAAGUUUGGUUUACAUCCUGGCAUUCGCAGACCCUCAUCCGCUGCAUCUCAGCCUGCAGUGGGUAUAGUUCUUUUCUAGGAUGGUGAAGAUUUGCACUUAUUAGUGCACUUAAUAGGAUUAGUCCCAAACUCGUUCUUGGUUUUUUUUUUUUUUUUCAGCUUGCUAACAAAAAUCUGUUAUUUUCCUCCGUUUUUUGAGCUGUCAGUGAUGUAAAUUACCUUGAAACAAACAUUUGUUAGAACGCAAUAUAUAAAAGAGGAAAUUGGUCUGGAAAAGUAAUUAUACUGUCAGUGUUUGAAUUUAUGCUCAAACAUUCCAAAGGAAAACCACACAAGCAUUAAAUUAUACACAGACUGUGAUGCAUCUAUAGAUCACAUUGUGUUGAACUCCCAUCAACGCUUUGUGUUGACGAAUCGUGCCAUUUUUACAUUGUACAUGAAAUGUGGUUAACAUAGCACUUUUAAAACUUUUAAUCAGAAUUUUUAUAAAAGCGUCUAGUACAAACAAUAUUAACCAAAAACUAAUGAAUUAAAUAUUAAUUACGUUGAUACAGUGUGUGAUGUAUCAAGCAUAUGUUAAGGUCUCUUAAUCUAUAGUAUGUGUUCAUUUGAGUUACAUAAAAGUGAUUCAUUAUGAAUCGCUGAACCCACUGAAUAUUUGUUUCAAGGUCAUCAUGUUUGUCUGUUUAAAGUUCUUACACUCAUCCGCUAAGGAUCCUGAUUUUCCUAUUCUGAUAUAGCCAAAAUAUACAACAGAAAAAUGGCUAAGGUGUCAUUCUAUUUAACAACUGUGUCUGAAAGUGUGUGGAGUUUGUAACUAUUGUAGUGUUGUUUCAGCUUAAGCUUAGUCUGCAGAGUUUUAUCAAAGAGAUAAAAGAAUAGUUAUAGAUGCUGAAACUAUUGUGUAAUAUAAAGACGUGUAAAAAAAAAAAAGGGUGAACUAAUAGAUUUUAUUCAUCUGAAGCAUAUUUUCUUGGCUUGAAUAAAGGUAUAAAUCCUCUUGUGA